AUGUUGAGUCGUCUUUCACAUCGCAGCUGCAAUUUCAGCCGUGCUUUGGCCUUCAAAACGUACCCUACUCCCAAUCCAAAUGCACUUCGCUUUGUUUCCCCAGAAAAGACUAUUUCUCCGCUGGAAAAUUCCACUUUUGAGUUUGGCCUGUCGCUUCAAGCUGUUCAUUCUCCGUUAGCAUUGAAAUUAUUUAAGCUUCCAGGCGUAAAGUCCGUAAUGAUUGGCCAUGACUUUCUCACAGUGAACAAACAAGACCAUAUCAACUGGGCUAACUUGAGACCGGAAGUCGUCGAACUUUUGGAUCAAUUUCUCACUUCGGAGGACGAGCCGGUGGUGACCAAAGAAUUAUUGAGCCAGGGUGAUUCGUUGGCUGCAUCUGCGGAGGACACUGAAAUUGUAUCCAUGAUUAAAGAACUCAUAGAUACGAGAAUUAGACCAGCUAUACAAGAUGAUGGUGGAGAUAUCGAUUUCAAAGCUUUUGAUGAAGAGACGGGAACAGUGUUCUUGAAGCUUCAGGGUGCUUGUAAAUCCUGUUCUCUUAGUGAGGAUACACUCAAGGGUGGAAUUGAGUCCAUGCUUAAACAUUAUAUUGAAGAAGUCAAGGAAGUGGUUCAGAUAUUGGAUCCUGAGGAGGAGAUUGCCAACCGAGAAUUUGAGAGAUUGGAGCAGAAAUUGAAGAACAAAAGUGGUUCUCCUCCCCCAUCUCUCUAA